CGCAGUGGUGGCAGUGCAGGCAUCCCCAGCACUCAGGAUGUCUCCCAAGGCGGCCGCCCUCUUCCUGGUGCUCCUGGUGGUGUCAGGAGCCCAGGCUGAUGUCAAACCGGACGAGGUGGCCAGUGUGCUCUGGAAGUACUUCACAGAGCUGGGCAGCGAUGCCAAGGACACAGUGGACCAGCUGCAGCAAGCCGAGAUCACCAAGCAGCUCAACACCCUGCUGGGGAGCAACCUGCAGAGCGUGAGCUCGUACGCUGAGGACCUGCAGCGGCGCCUGGUGCCCUUCGCCACGGAGCUGCAGGCGCGGCUAGCACAGGACUCGCAGCGCCUCAAGGAGCAGAUCCGCCGGGAGCUGGCCCAGCUGCAGGCCAAGCUGGCUCCCUAUGCCGACGAGGUGCACCAGCAGAUGGGCACCAACAUCCGCCAGCUCCAGGCCAGGAUGAGCCCCUAUGCCGAGGAGCUGCGCUCGCAGGUGGAUCGCGGCGCCGGAGACCUGCGGCAGGCGCUGGAGCCCUUGGCGGCUGAGCUGCGGGCCCGGCUGCAGGGCAGCACUGAGGACAUGCAGGCCUCGCUCAGCCCCUAUGCAGAGCGGCUGCAGCAGCAGAUCGAUGGCAGCGUGGAGAGCCUCAAGCAGCGCCUGGCGCCCUUGGCCGAGCAGCUGAAGGCGCAGGCGGGCAGGAGCGUGGCAGAGCUGCGCCAGGGGCUCAGCCCCUACGCGCAGGAGGUGCAGGAUGGGCUCCAUCGCCAGCUCGAGGCGCUGACGGCACAGAUGGAGCGCGUGGCUGAGGAGCUGCGCGCGCGCCUGGAUGCCAGCUCGGAGGAGCUGCGGGCUCGGCUCUCACCGCUGGCACAGGAGCUGCGGAGCGCGGCGGGUGGUGAUGCCCAGAGCCUGCGGGAGCGCCUGGCACCGCUGGCACAGGAGCUGGAGGAGCGCGUGGGGCAGACGCUGGAGGCGUUCCGGCAGCAGGCAGCGCCCGUCGGGGAGGCGCUGGGGCAGCAGAUGGUGCAGCGGCUGGAGGACAUGCGCACCAAGCUGGAGUCCGGCACUGCCGGCAUCGAGGACCACAUGGAGCUGCUGGAGAAGGAGGUGCGGGACAAGGUGGCCGCUUUCCUCAGCACCGCGCAGCCCGAUGUGGAAUGA